AGGAUUUGUGUUUGAUAUAAUAACAUUUUUUUGCAAUUCGGCAAAAUGUACUUAAAACAUUAUAUUUGUAGUAUUUUACUAGUUUUAUGUAAUUUUAUAUGUGUAGAUUCUUAUAUUAAUGGAAUAACUCAGCAUAAUAUACAAUCGUAUAUAGAUUCAAAGAAAUUCCUUAUAGUAUUCAUCAAUUCAGCUUCCUGUACAAGAUGUAAAAAUAUCUACAAGAAUUUUGUCUCAGCGUCGAUGCCUUUCCAUGGUGAUAGAGAAAUAUUCUUCGGUAAAACAACCGAUAUGAAACUAAUUAAAAAAUGGAAUAUAGAAGAAUUACCAGCUAUUGUGUAUUUUCCUAUGGGUUUGAGUGAACCUCAAAGAUUUGAAGGAGAAUAUACAGUAGAUAAUAUUAUUGAUACAAUAUCCUAUGUAAUGAGUGGUGAUUUCCGUGGUUUAGAGAGAGCAUACUAUGUAGAAGUUAAUGAAGAGAAUUUUGAAGAACUAAUUGAGAAACCUCAACAACAUGCUAUGGUUCUUAUAUAUGAUCAGUUUCAUGAAGAACAGAAAGGAACAAUGAAAGAAUUAGCAAAACUCUUCAGAGAAGAAGACGAUUUGGUUAUUGCUGUUUUGGAUGCUGAUAAAAACAAAGCAUUUAGAGACAAAAAAUUUAAUUUUCCUGGUGCACCGCUGUUGUACUGGUUUCCUAUAGAUAAUAAAUAUAAGAUAAAACGGUUUGGUGGAGAUCUAACAUUUGAAGUUUUGUAUAGUUACAUCAAUGAACAGACGCAUACCUGGAGAAACAAAGAUGGUACACUACUACCAAAGGCUGGUCGAUUUGAUGAUCUAGAUAAGAUAAUAUCACAGAAUGUUGGUGGUGUUAUUAGAGCUGAUCAAGAGGUCAUGGAUAGUGUUAUUGAAGAAGUAGGCAAAGUAGUUGACAAAUUGGACUCUAACCAACAAGAAUUUGGUAAAUUUUACAUCUACUUAAUGCAACAAAUAAAAACAACUGGAAAUACUAAAUUUAUAAGAAAUGAAACUGAUGUCAUCUUUAAAGAACUACAAGAUUUAGAUUUAAUGAGCAAGAAGCGAGAUAAUUUGAUUAAAAGGCAUCACAUCUUAGACUUUCUGGUCAAAGAAUUCGGGGACUAUAUCACUAAAAACCCUAUGUAUAUGGAAGAGGUCAAGAAGGACAGUCAGAGGAAAGUUAAAGCCGAUUCUCACAGUCAUGAUGAACUAUAAUUAUACUUCCUCCUAGUCUUAGUAGCCUAUAUUCAUUUUAAUAGAAACAAUUUUAUGUAUGC